AUGAAUUGUUAUUGGUGUACUCUGUAUGUUUUGAUACAGCUGAGUAUGGUGUUAUUAGUAUUUUCUGAAAAUUACUAUUCCAUAAAUGCUCCGGGUGUUAUAAAAUCAAAUCGUAAAUAUUCAGUUGUUGUUAGUCUUCAUGAGGCCAGUGAAACCUGUUCGAUACGUGUUGGCCUUGAGGGACCCAAUUUUAAUGAGUUCAAAGAUGUCAGUCUACAACCAUUUGAAUCAAAAGUAAUAGAUUUUUUACCCCAAAAAUUAAGCAAAGCUGUUUACAAAUUAAGUACCGAAGGUUUGACGGGUUUGAUUUUUAAAAAUCAGAGCAUUGUACACGUGCAAUCAGAUUAUGGUCCAAAGAUAUACAUUCAAACCGAUAAGACUGUCUAUAAACCACAAGAUGUAGUUAAAUUGCGUGUUGUUAUAUUGGAUGAACAUAUGAGACCAUUAAAUAUAACAGAACCUGUUACAGUGGAGAUAUUGGAUAAUGACAAUAAUCGUGUAAAACUCUUUAGUGAUAUCUCUCUCAGAAAUGGAGUGUUCACAGAUCAAUUUCUAUUGUCCAAAUAUCCUGUUUUAGGAAUUUGGAAAAUUUAUGUAAAUUUAGGUGGAAAAUAUGAAUACUCCAAGUCAAAAACCAUUAAGGUAUUCAACUAUAUUCUACCGAAAUUUAGUGUUUAUUUAAAAACACCUACAGAAGUUAUAUUAUCGGAUGGUUAUAUAAAGGUUGUUGUCUAUGGGAAGUAUACAUUUGAUAAGUAUGUGGAAGGUAAUGCAACGGUUGAACUAUGGAAUCAGUAUACAUACGAGCUAAUACAAACGAAACAAGUUGACAUCGAAACUAUUGCAUUUGUCGAGUUUAAUCUUAAAAACUUAAGCAAUUUAAAUGAUAUACAUGAAUUAAGUGUAAAAGCCAAAAUAACCGAAAAACACACGGGUAAAACUGUAGAAGAAGAAAAAAUUAUAAACUUUCACAAGCAACGUUAUAAUUUAGAAAUUUUGGAAGAUGAAAUAGAAUUUGAAAAUAAUAAACCAUAUCUACUGAAAUUAAAGGUAAAACAUUGGACUGGUGCUCCCGUAUUGGAUCAUAAAACAGCAGUCACCAUGGAACAUGGCAGCAAAGUGUAUGAAGCCUUUUUGGACAAUAUGGGUUUAGCAACAUUCGAAUUCGAACAUGAUGCAAAUUCAAGUUAUAAAUUUCAAUAUAAAGAUUCCUUAGGAAUGCUGGCGAAUAUUUACACAAAUGAUAACUUAAUGUUAAAUAAUCGGGAAUACUAUUGCCGUCUGAGAUUAGUAGAUAAAAAAUUACAUCUUCAAAAACCGGUACUUAUUGAGGUUAGUUCUAUUCUCCAUAUUCCUUAUUUAAUGUACACGAUAAUGGGUCAUGCCAGUCUCAUACGUGCAGAAUAUAUCAAAGUACCGCCAAAUCAAAAAUCGCACAUAAUAACCAUAACACCUACAAUUGAAAUGAUACCUAGGUCCUUUAUUUAUGUGUAUUAUGUACACAAAGGAAAUUUACGUUAUGAGGAAAUGCGUUUAGAUUUUCCCAUAGAAUUUGGAAAUCAGAUCUCACUUUCAGCGCCCAAACAAGUGAGACCUGGUGAAGAUGUCACCAUAACUGUCAGUGCUCAGCCCAAGUCAUAUGUUUGUAUAUUGGCCGUAGAUUUGGGUGUAUAUUUAAUGGAUAAUAGCUACGAUUUGAAUAAGAAUGAUAUAUUACAAGAUAUGUAUGAAGAAGUUUCGUAUACAAGUAUAGCUGCAACUAUAUAUCCUGGCAUACAAUCGGGUCUUUUAACGUUAACUAAUGCCAAUUAUAUAUUUGCAAACAAUUUUCCUGCUCGAGAGCCAAUUGAACCACCAUUAUACCAUGUUCGUAAAAAUUUUUUGGAAACUUGGAUAUUUGAUAACUUUGAAAUAAAUGAAACUGAAACCAAAUUAACACUACCAAUACCCGAUGCUAUAACUACUUGGCGUAUAACUGCAUUUUCAAAUAAUAAUGAGACAGGAUUCGAUAUAGUAAAUAGUCCUACCGAUAUCAUUACAAUACAACAAUUUUUUAUAUCAACAAAUCUGCCAUACUCAGUUAAACGCGGUGAAAUUGUCACAAUACCCAUAACAAUAUUCAAUUAUUCUAAUCAGACCCUAGAAACUGAAGUAGUACUACAUAAUAACAAUCAAGAAUUCUAUUUUAUGGAUUCUAAAACAGAGGGUGUAAUACAUUCAAAUUAUGUGCAGCAACAAAUAAAACAGAUUAGUAUAACAUCGGAAAAAGCCCAAACAGUGAAAUUUCUUAUAUAUCCCCUUAAAGUAGGUGAUAUAAAUUUGAAUAUCACUGCCUCUAGCUCUUCGUAUAGUGAUGCUGUUUUGCAGAAACUUAAAGUUGAACCAGAAGGUGUACCUAAACAAGAAAGUCAGUCUCUUUACAUAAGUAUUCCCCUAGGCGAAAAUAUAACCUCAACAUUUAGCAUUGAAGAACCCGAUGAUAGUGUAACCGAUUCUGACUAUAUAACCUUUUCGGUAGGUGGUCAUUAUUUAGUACCAACAGUGGAGAAUUUUGAUGAUCUAAUACAAAUGCCCACUGGUUGUGGUGAACAAAAUAUGGUGAAUUUUGCUCCCAGUGUAUUAAUAUUGCAAUAUCUUAAAGCAAAUGAAAAUAUGUCUCAAGAGAAGAGUUUGGUAGAAAGUUUACGUUCUGCUAUCGAAGUUAGCUACCAACAACAACUAUCAUUUCGUCAUGAAAAUGGUGGUUAUAGUGUUUUUGGCAUGGGAAUCGAUGAUGAGCCCAGCACUUGGCUAACUGCCUACGUGGUGCGUUACUUUAUAAAAGCUUCACUUUUUGUAGAUAUAGAGGAGUUUAUAAUUGAAUCUGCUCUGGUAUAUUUGGCUCGUCAGCAAAAGAAAAAUGGGGAAUUUACUUUAACAGGUUAUUUAAUAAAUCCAAAUCAUAAAAAUACAUAUGGACAGACAGCUUUCAUAUUGUUGGCAUUUUUAGAAAAUGAAAAAUACGCCAAUAAAUAUCAAAGAUUCAUACAAAAUGGAAUAGAAUUUCUAAAUUCAAAUUUAGCAAAUAUCAAAGAUAUCUACGCAUUAUCAUUGACAGCAACUGCAAUGAAGCGAGCUAAACAUAUGAAUGCCAAUACUCUGAUAAAUCAGUUAAAGUCCCAAGUUAUAGAUAAGAAUGGUUUGAAAUGGUGGUCAGAAAAUGAUCAAAAUGUAGCGAAUGAUAUAGAAGUUACAUCAUACUCCGCAAUGGCUCUGCUUGAUACACCUGGCGAUCACACUUCAAUCUUAAAAUGGCUAAUUGAACAGCGUAAUGUAAAGGGUGGUUUUAAGUCAUCCUCUGAUACGGUAGUGGGAAUGGAAGCUUUGGUAAAAUUUUCGGAAAUUUAUAAAAAUAUUAAAAAUGCAAAUUUAAAAAUUUCCUACAUGGCCAAAGAUGGGCAAGGCAAUAAAGUGGCAAGCGAUGAAUUCUCUGUGAACCCAAACAAUUUUCUAGAUAUGCAAAAACAUGAGUUACCAAAAACCACAAGACACAUUACUUUCGAAAUGAAGGGAAAUGGUGCCUCUUUAGUACAACUCAGUCAUCAGUAUAACAUUGCAAAUGUGGAGGGAGUUCAUCUUUUCAAUAUUCAACCCAAAAUUAUGAUUAAAAAUGCCAAAGAAAUCAUUUUGGAAGUAUGUUUCACUUAUCAAAUGGAUUUUCUAUCACUUGGCGAUAUCACAAAUAUGAUUAUAAUGGAAGCAAAUUUACCCUCUGGCUUCAGAUUUGCAAAAGACAAUACGCUUUUGGACCAAAACAAACUUCUAAAGAAAAUUGAAUAUAAAAAUUCAGAAUCUACGAUAAUUUUAUAUUUGGAUAAGUUGGAGGCGAAUAGUAAUCAUUGUUUAGAGUUACCAGCCGAUAAAACAAAUGAGGUUUUAAUGUUAAAGCCGGCUGCCAUUAAAAUGUACGAUUAUUACAACUUGAGUCGUUCAAAUAUAGAAUUUUAUAGUUUUUAA